ACGGGCAUUACGCAUAGCAGUGAAGAUUCGUCUGAGCUUGCGUUUUUGCUAGUUGAAAACUACCUAGUUUGACCUCUCCAAGUGUGCCUUCGUGUCGCUUGGGAAUUUUUGGCCUGUUUGAAACCCAUCAACUUCUUUUCAUUGUUGCGAAUCCGCCUUGUGUGGGACUGCAGGGAAGAGAGUGGGAUCACACUAGCUAUUUCUGCUUUGAUACAUCGCCUGCUUGUGUGACCUGUAGGAUUGUCGUGACGUGGAGGAGGCCUUAAUUGAGGUUAGAAGCUGCGGGGAGACGACCUCAUCGGAGAUUUCGCAAAACAACAUCAACAAAAGAUCAGGAUGUCUCGAACAGCACUGGUCACUGGAGCUUCCGGUCUCCUUGGUCGCGAGGUUUGCAAGGCGUUCGAGCGAGAUGGCUGGAACGUUGUUGGGACGGCGCUCACUCGCGUCAACCCCCCAUCAGUGAUCAAGCUCGAUAUCCUGAACAGCGAAGAGAUCGAGCAAGUGCUUGAUGAAGUCAAACCUCACACCAUCGUCCACUGCGCCGCCAACCGCUUUCCCGACCUCUGCUCUGCCGACCCCUCCGCCGCCACCGCCCUCAACGUCACCUCCAGCGGCACCCUCGCCGCCCACGCCUUCGCCCGCGCCAUCCUCCUCCUCUACAUCAGCACCGACUAUGUCUUCCCCGGGCCCCCCGGCGCCGCCCCCUACUUCCCCGACUCCACCCCCGACCCCCCGAACACCUACGGCGCUACAAAGCUGGCUGGGGAACGCGCCGUGUUGGCCGCGACGGGCGGUGCGGCGGACGGCAACGCGCCGAGGGGCGUGGUCCUCCGCGUACCGUUGCUGUACGGGCAUACGGAGUCCGACGACCGCUCGAAAGACGGGGUGCACGCGCUGGUGGACGCGCUCUGGAAGUCGCAGGACCUCAUUGAUGCGCCGGCGGACGCGAAGAUCAAGAUGGACGACUACGCGCAGCGGCAUCCAACGUGCACGGAGGACGUGGGGCGGGUGUGCGUGGAGCUCGCGCGAACCUACCUAGCAGACGACGCGGGAGCGAAGAAGUUGCCGCGGGUCGUGCAGUUUUCGGCGGAGGAGCGGAUGACGAAGUGGGCGAUGGUGGGGAUGUUCGCGGAGAUUUUGGGGUUAGAGACCGGGGGAUUGGUAGCAUGGGAUCCGACAAAGGAGGAGGCAGAGGGGACGUCGACGAAGAGGCCGUAUGAUGUGAAGUUGGAUACGGGGGCGCUGAGGGAGGUGGGGGUAGACGUGAGGUGUGUGGAUUUUAGGGGAUGGUGGAGGAGAGAACUGCAUGCUUUUAGGCAUUAGCUCCAUUCGUAACGAGCCAUAUCUAAAAUGAAUAUCAGGAAUGGAUUGGGAACAUUUCUUCGCUGGCUUGACUAGAGCUGUAGAUCAUGAGUACCAUCGCGAUAAGGCAAAGUGGACAUUGCAACUCUGAACAUCAAUACAAAUC